AUGCAGAAUCCUAUACUAACACCCAACUUCUCCAAUGUCCUGUUCAAGUUUGAACCAUUUCUUCGGAAAGAAUACAACUUGGCUCUAAAUCCAGACCGUCCACAAUGUAAAUUCUUCGAGGCCAAUGGCACCUGCCCCAACGGAUCCAAUUGUUACAAUAAACACGUUAGUCCAAUGUUUCGCAACAAGGUGGUUUGCAAGCAUUGGCUAAGAGGAUUAUGCAAAAAAGGAGACUCUUGUGACUACCUUCACGAAUACAAUCUCCGGAAAAUGCCCGAAUGUUUAUUCUUCAGUAAAAAUGGAUUUUGUACCCAGACUCCUGAAUGUAUUUACUUACACAUCGACCCCCAGACAAAAAUCCCAGAGUGUUUCAAUUAUAAUAGAGGAUUCUGUCCCGAUGGACCAGCCUGUAACAAGAGACACAUUAGAAAAACAUUCUGUGAGUUAUAUUUGACAGGGUUUUGCCCAUACGGUGCCAAAUGUAACUUGGGGGCCCAUCCAAAGUUUGAAGGUUUACUUGAUAAAUUGAGAAUCAAACCAGAUAAGAAAGAAGAAACUAAGAAUGAGGGGAAUACUGCCGACACACAGACUAAAGAGGGAAAACUCCCUAGUGGCAAACAAGAGGCAACUGGCACAAAAAGAUCUGUGGAAGAGGCUGAAGAAGUUGAAGAACCAGCAACCAAGAAGUUGAAGAGUACUUAA